AUGGAAGAAUGUAUUAUUGAAUCAAAUGUAUUCGAAAACCCGGCUGAAUACCGAUACCAGCUCAUACUAGGCCGCACCUCAAUUUUGCGUACCAAAUUACGCGAUAGAUUUGGUUGUAUAAAAAACAACGCCGUUUCAUUGUACCCAAAUUUAAUACGUGGAAAGCUAGAUUACGAAGGAAUAUUGAGACAUGGGAUUUGUAACAUGUCUGCACUUCAACCUCAUUUUCGGACGAAACGACGAAAAGAAAAACUUUUUAGAGUCUUGAAAGCCUAUUCUUUAUAUGACAAAAGGGUUGGCUGUUGUCCCAAUUUAAAAUACAUUGCUGGAUCUCUUUUAACUCGAAUGAAUGAAGCCCAAGCUUUUAGACUUUUGACUAUUUUACUAAGUUCUAGGUCUGACAUGAUGGAUUUUCGGUCGCUCUUUUUUCCAUCAACGGAUGGUUAUUCACCUUUUCUUGAAUAUUUUGACUUUCUGAUGGCUGCUAAGCUCCCUAAUAUGUACAAUUAUAUGCUGAGUGGAGAUAUACGUCCUUCUGUAUACAUCAGUCACGGUUUUAAGAGUCUCUUUGGGCUACAAGGUCCAGCUUAUCUGAUCGAAAAUACAAUUGACUUGCUUCUAAUUGAAGGACCUUGGAUACUUCCGUAUUGUAUGCUGGCAUUAUUGGAGUCAAAUGAGGACACAAUCAUGAAAAUGAAUCACGAUGAAAUCCCUGGUUUUCUUUGGAAAGACGUAUUUAAGCCAUUUGAGUCUGAAUCAAGCACGUUUAUAUCUAGCACGCUACGUCUGGCAGAUAUUUAUGUACCAUUUUGA